AUGAGAAGUCAUGGAAGCUGCAUCGGUAUCUCGGCCACCGCCGCUGACCGUACGACGUCGUCCCUCUCCGGUAACAACAACAGAAGAUCAUCUUCCUCAUCAUGCUCUCUCUCCAAUUCCUCUGUUUCUUCAGAUUAUGCAACUUGCGGGUCACCAAUGUGGAUGGGGAAAAGCCUCACUUGUGUUUGCUUCAAAAGGAAAGGAACUCAUGACCGCAUCUUCUUCACCAUGUCACCGACCCAGCAAGAUAGAUACAGGAGGUUAAAACAUCGAAUGAAGAUAUGUUUUGAUGCCUCCAAACCAGAACAUCAGCAAGCUUUAAGAGCUUUAUGGCAUGCCACGUAUCCUGAGCAGGAGUUACAUAGUUUGGUAUCUGAUCAGUGGAAAGAAAUGGGAUGGCAGGGUAGAGAUCCAUCCACCGAUUUCAGGGGAGCUGGAUUUAUAUCUUUGGAGAACUUGCUUUUUUUCUCCAAAACAUUCUCAACAUCUUUUCAGCAGUUAUUGAAGAAGCAAGGUGGAAAAAGAGCUGCCUGGGAGUAUCCAUUUGCUGUUGCUGGGGUAAAUAUAACAUUUAUGAUCAUGCAGAUGCUGGAUCUUGAUGCCUUAAAACCUCGGACAUUUGUGAGAGCAGUUUUCCUGCAAAUGCUGUCAGAGAAUGAGUGGGCAUUUGAUCUUCUUUAUUGCGUGGCUUUUGUUGUUAUGGACAAGCAGUGGUUGGAAAGAAGUGCAACAUACAUGGAAUUCAAUGAUGUGUUGAGAUCAACUCGGUGUCAGUUGGAGAAGGAACUGCUAAUGGAUGAUGUUCUACGAAUCGAGGACAUGCCUUCUUACAACCUCCUCUGCUGA